AUGGCUACUUCACUUUCUGCAACUGGGUGUGUUGGUUCUUCCUUCUAUGGAAGUUGGGGCACUUCAAUUGUUGGGGAGGACUACUUCAUGUUGGCCAAGUCAGUGCCAUCACAGGUUCGCAUGGGGAGGGGAAAGCCAGUGAGAUUGCAGCCAAUGAUGAAGAAUGUCAAUGAAGGGAAGGGUAUCUUUGCACCUCUUGUGGUGAUCACUCGAAACAUCGUUGGCAAGAAGCGUUUCAACCAGCUUAGAGGCAAAGCGAUUGCUCUACACUCCCAGGUGAUCACGGAAUUUUGCAAAUCAAUAGGAGCAGAUGGAAAACAGAGACAAGGGCUGAUCAGGUUGGCCAAGAAGAAUGGAGAAUGGCUUGGGUUUCUUGCAUGA